GGACAUAUACAGGCAUAUGAAUGGACUUAAUGAAAUAUUCUUAACAAAAUAUAAAGACUGCCUGAUGAGGAAUGCGUGUGUGAAUUAACAUAAAAAGUAGUUUUGUGGACACAGACCAACAGGAUACUCAUUGAUUUGUUUCAUUCACAAGAACAGGGAGGCAAAUAUCUCAGAUCACACUUGAUUUCAACAUACCAAGCCAAGCCACUAAUAAACCGCCCACAAAGAAUGAAACUAUUUUGAACUCGUCAUUCUACAAAUACACAUUAUAAUAUUAAGAUAUGCAUAAAAUUAAAAAAAAAAAAGAUGUGCAUAAAAUUGUGUAAGGUAGAAAGUACUCGACCUUCCACUGAAAAGAGGAGGAGUCAAAUAUCCUGAAAGGGUUGGGACCCGCCUGCAGUCCCUGGGGAACUUCCUGUUGUCACCACACCUCUGGUGUAGUUAUCUGAGCUCCCUCUGAGCAAAGCCCUCAGUGGAAACUCCAAGGCUCUGCAAAGGAAAUUAUUCUUGUGAAUGUGACACACACUCUCUCCAGUUUCCAUAUGCUGAGAUUAUCCUUCUUCUUCGGUUUGAUCUGCUUGGUGAAAACAGACACAGAUGAAACAUGUCCUUCAUUCACCAAACUGAGCUUUCACAGUGCAGUGGUCGGUACAGGACUAAAUGUGAAGUUGAUGCUCUACACCAGAAAAAACCUGACCUGUGCACAAGUCAUCAACUCCACAAUUUUUGGGAACUUGAAUGUGACCAAGAAAACCACCUUUAUUGUCCAUGGAUUCCGACCUACAGGCUCCCCUCCAGUUUGGAUGGAGGACUUGGUACAGAGUUUGCUCUCCGUAGAAGACAUGAAUGUGAUUGUUGUUGAUUGGAAUCGAGGAGCUACAACUGUGAUAUACAACCAUGCCUUUAGUAAGACCAGAAAAGUAGCAGAAGUCUUGAAGAAAUUUAUCGACCGGGUGUUGGUAGAAGGAGCUUCUCUUGACAACAUUUAUAUGAUCGGAGUAAGUCUAGGAGCCCACAUAUCCGGGUUUGUUGGAAAGAUGUACAAUGGGCAGCUGGGAAGAAUUACAGGUCUCGACCCUGCGGGCCCUUUAUUCAACGGGAGACCUCCCGAGGACAGAUUAGAUCCCGGUGAUGCACAGUUUGUUGACGUCAUCCACUCCGACAUUGAUGCACUGGGCUACAAGGAGCCAUUAGGAAACAUAGACUUCUACCCAAAUGGAGGAUUGGAUCAACCUGGUUGCCCCAAAACAAUAUUGGGAGGAUUGCAAUAUUUUAAGUGUGACCAUCAGAGGUCCGUGUACCUGUACCUUUCUUCUCUGAGAGAGAACUGUGCUAUCACUGCAUAUCCCUGUGACUCCUACCGGGAUUAUAGGAACGGCAAAUGUGUCAACUGUGGCAUGCCACAAAAGGAGUCCUGUCCCCUGCUGGGCUAUUAUGCUGAUAAUUGGAAAGAGUAUUUAAAGCAGAAAGAACCUCCUAUGACUAAAGCGUUCUUUGACACAGCCGAGGAGAAACCAUUCUGCAUAUAUCAUUACUUUGUGGACAUUAUAACUUGGAACAAGAACAUAAGAAGAGGAUCCAUUACAAUCAGAUUGACAGACAGAGCUGGAAACACCACAGAAUCCAAAAUCAAUCAUGAACCUGCAACUUUUCAGAAAUACCACCAAGUGAGUCUGCUUGCAAGAUUUAAUCAGGACUUGGAUAAAGUUGCAGCCAUUUCCUUGGUGUUCUCUACAGGGUCUACAAUAGGCCCGAAGUAUAAGCUCAGGAUUCUCCGAAUGAAGUUGAGGUCACUUGCCCAUCCAGAGAGGCCCCAGUUGUGUCGGUAUGAUCUUGUUCUGAUGGAAAACACCGAAACAGUCUUCCAACCUAUUCUGUGCCCAAGGUUGCAGAUGUAACAUGCCGGGACACAUGGGCACCAGUGACUUCAAGAAAGCUACAACUACAGGCUUUUUUAAAGCGUCACCUCACCUUUUUCCUCAAGGCACGUGGACGUAUGAAUAAGCUGGGUUUUUUCCAGCAGCGUCCCAUGGAUGUCACAUUGCAAAAUGUCAAACGACCUUGGAUUAUGGAACAGUCCUGGGAAGGGAGCCCCUAAGUAGGGCAAGUCAGAAAUAGCCAGGCUCCCAACAGCCCAGUGCCUUGUCUGGCUGCGUCCUGGGGCCUCGUUUGUUCUGGCCUGUCAGUUCUGCUGCCGGUCACUCAGGCAGCUCUGCUCGUCAAGCAUCUUAAAGGGAAGGUCUAACGGGAGACCUCACUCUGGACUCGACCCCACGUGCCCUGUGCCAAACUCCUCCAGGUCCCUGCAUGCAGAUAGGAAUGGAGACUGACCUACCUCACAGGGCUGCUGUGUGGGUUCGGGAGGCAAGUCUGUGAAGGGUUCUUUGAAAUCCCAUGGGGGCCACAUCUGUGAGUGGUUUGAGAAAUGUGAAUAUGCUUUUAUUUAUUUUGCUUUGGCUUAGCUACUAUGCAAUAAGAGAGCUCCUCCUUAUUGACAACAGCCUCUCUCUUGGGCUGUUUGCUCUGGGAAGGCAGGAAAGCCACACCCCAGCUUCCCAUCUCCUCUAAAGUGGGUUGGUGCUGGAGGAAGUGGGGACAGAGAGACAGCAAAAGGGGCAGCUGCUGGGACUAAGAUAGUAAGUGGAUAAGGGAAGAAGGGCAGAUGAAGACAGUGACAGCCUUGCUUACAGUGACAGUGGAUGGAGAGAUAGGAGAGAAACAAAUGGAGCUUGUUUUUCAGUUGAAGUGAAGAAGGGUCACUUUACAGGCCAAUUCUCAUUUUAAGCAAUCCUUAAGAAAUGUUUAUCUUUUGGGGCACCUGGGUGGAUCAGUUGGUUAAGCAGCCAACUCUUGAUUUCAGCUCAGGUCAUGAUCUCACAGUUCAUGAGUUCGGGCC